AUGGUGGGAGGCGCUACUCUGCCUGAAGCCCAGCCCGUCCGCCGCGGCUUCGCGCACACCGCACCCUCCUGCCUGCCAGCGCCCGCCUGGAGUCGCCUCCAGCCCGGGGUCCCUGUUUCCCAGGAUCCCCGACGGGCGGCGCCGGCGCCGAGCCGCAGGCGGCGGGAGCGAGGCGAGCCCGGCCGCUCGCCCUCCGCGCUGCGCUCGGAUUGGUCUCUUGCAGACGGUGCUGGCCGAGGGUUGGCUGUGGGCCGGCUGAAGAACAGGUGCACCUUGCCGCCCGGACUCGCGGAGCAGCCGCCGAGGAACGCUGCGCGGCGGGCCGGGCGUGCGGCGGCGGCCAGGCCNGCCCCAGCGGCGGCGGCGGCGGCGGCGGGCGGGGGCCCGGACGGCGGCGGCGAAGGGGCGGCCGAGCCCCCCCGGGAGUUACGCUGUAGCGACUGCAUCGUGUGGAACCGGCAGCAGACGUGGCUGUGCGUGGUGCCUCUUUUCAUCGGCUUCAUCGGCCUGGGGCUCAGCCUCAUGCUGCUCAAAUGGAUCGUGGUGGGCUCCGUCAAGGAAUACGUGCCCACCGACCUGGUGGACUCCAAGGGGAUGGGCCAGGACCCCUUCUUCCUCUCCAAGCCCAGCUCCUUCCCCAAGGCCAUGGAGACCACCACCACGACCACCUCCACCACGUCCCCCGCCACCCCUUUCGCCGGCGGCGCCGCCUCUUCCAGGACGCCCAACCGGAUUAGCACCCGCCUGACUACCAUCACGCGGGCGCCCACUCGCUUCCCCGGGCACCGGGUGCCCAUCCGGGCCAGCCCGCGCUCCACCACUGCACGGAACACUGCGGCCCCCCCGACGGUCUUGUCCACGACAGCCCUUUUCUUUAGUAGCAGCACUUCGGGCUCCCGACCCCCGGUGCCAGGAACCCCCAGUACCCAGGCCAUGCCCUCCUGGCCCACUGCGGCAUACGCUACCUCCUCCUACCUUCACGACUCUGCUCCUUCCUGGACUCUGUCUCCUUUUCAAGAUGCUGCCUCCUCCUCUUCCCCCUCGCCCUCCUCCUCCACCACCACCACCGCGCCAGAAAUUAGCACCAGCCCCAAAUUUCAUACAACAACAUAUUCCACGGAGAGAUCUGAGCACUUCAAACCCUGCCGAGACAAGGACCUUGCCUACUGUCUCAAUGAUGGCGAGUGCUUUGUGAUUGAAACCUUGACAGGAUCCCAUAAACACUGUCGGUAA